AUGCAGCAGGGGCACAAUUUGCCUCUCGGCAUUGCUGUUCUUGUGCUAAUCCUAGCAUCCAUCUCCCCGGCUUCUUCGCAGAACCAGCAAGCCACCUUCAACAUCGGUGGCGGUGGCGGCGCGGCCAAAAAGCCGAUCUCCGGUGGUGGCGCGGGAGCCGGAGGCGGCGACGGCUUUGACCAGUUCAUCGCCAAGAACGUCGAGCACUUUGCCGUCACCGAGCAGAUCUACGCUAGCAAGGCCAAGGCCAGCGGCGGCAAGGUGCUCGACGCGGAGCUGGCGGCGGCCGAGGCCGCCACGGUGAGGUAUGUCGUGAGCCCCGACGGCAAGGGAAAUUUCAAGACCAUCACCGAUGCGAUCAAGGCCGUGCCGGAGAAGAACAAGAAGAGGACCAUCCUCGACAUCAAGCCCGGCACCUACAAGGAGAAGCUGACAAUCCCGAUGUGGAAGCCGUUCAUCACGUUUGUGGGCAACCCGAAGAACCCGCCGGUCAUCACGUGGGACGACACGGCAGGGACGCGCGGCAAGGACGGCAAACCCCUCGGCACCCUCGCCAGCGCCACCGUCGCCGUCGAGGCUGACUACUUCGUGGCCUCCGGCGUCGUAUUCAAGAACCACGCACCAUUGGCAAAGGCGGGUCAAGAGGGCGGGCAAGCGGUGGCGCUGCGGUUGUUCGGCACCAAGGCCGCCUUCUACAACUGCACCAUUGACGGCGGGCAGGACACGCUCUACGACCACAAGGGCCUCCACUACUUUAAGAAUUGCAUCAUCCGAGGGAGCGUCGACUUUAUCUUUGGCUUCGGGAGGUCCCUCUACACGGACUGCACGAUCAUGUCGGUGACGACGGAGAUAGCAGUGCUGACGGCGCAGCAGCGGAGCAAGGGCAUUGACGAUAAGGACGCCAUCGAGAGCGGGUUCUCGUUCGUGCGGUGCAAGAUCUUCGGACUGGGCCAGAUCUACCUCGGAAGGGCAUGGGGGGACUCGUCGCGGGUGGUCUACUCCUUCACGGACAUGAGCAAGGAGGUGGUGCCCGUCGGCUGGGACAAAUGGAAGGUCGAGAAGCCAGAUCGGAAGGGUGGUGUAUUCUACGGGGAGUACAAGUGCAGCGGGCCCGGGGCCAUGUCCAACGAGAGGAUCGGGUGGGCGCGGGUGCUCGACGACGCGCAGGCGAGGCCCUUCACCGGCUCGCACUUCGUCUACGGCAACUCCUGGAUCCUACCCCCGCCCAAAAGCAACUUUUAG